GAAAAGAACACAAUAACAUAACAUCAUUCACACCACAACUUUUGAAUUUGGCAGAUAUCUAGUCCUCUGGUGACAGCUAUCUUCCACGUGUGAAAUUUCUUGCUUUCACACUUGAAACUUUUCUUUCUUCUCUUCCAAGGCCUUGCUUUCUUUGCCUAUGCAAACUUCUCUUUACCAAAUUGAAAACUUCAACCUGUAGCUUCUUCUGUGGUUUUACUGAAGAAAAAGAGAGACUCACUAGAAGAGUUCUUUCAUGGGUUGCUUCUUUAGUGUGCCUCCAAAGAUCAAAGCUGAAAGCCCUCCACGUAAUGUUGACAAGAGAACUCGACGAUCGUGGUUAGAAGUGAAAAGUAGAAAAGAAAAGAAAGACUGACAGAAAAUUCAAUUUUAGAGAUUAUUCCUUUUCUUAUUUGUUUUGAAAUAAGAAAAAGUUCAUGCAAUGUAGGAUUUUUCUUUAUCUACACAAUAAUAAAAGGUUUGGACUCAAAGGAUGGUAGUAAAGAAGAGAAUGGUUUGAGUGGUUUAAGUGGCAAGGUGUCCUCUUCAUCUAUGCUUCUAACUCCUCAGAGUGAGGAUGAGAUAUUGCAGUGCAGCAAUUUGAAGUGUUUCACAUUCAAUGAGCUAAGAACUGCUACAAGGAACUUUCGUCCUGAUAGUAUGGUUGGUGAAGGUGGUUUUGGUUCUGUGUUUAAGGGUUGGAUUGAUGAGCAGACACUUGCCCCUACUAAACCAGGGACAGGAAUGGUCAUUGCUGUGAAGAGGCUUAACCAAGAAAGCCGCCAGGGACAUAGUGAAUGGUUGACAGAAAUCAACUACCUGGGGCAGCUGAGUCAUCCUAAUCUUGUGAAACUAAUUGGUUACUCUUUAGAGGAUGAUCACCGGAUCUUGGUGUAUGAAUUUGUGGCCAAGGGUAGUUUGGAUAAUCACCUGUUCAGGAGGGCUUCUUACUUUCAACCACUCUCUUGGACCAUACGUAUGAAGGUUGCUAUUGAUGCUGCUAAGGGUCUUGCAUUUCUUCACAGUGAUGAAGUUGAUGUAAUAUAUAGGGACUUCAAAACUUCUAAUAUCUUACUUGAUUCUAACUAUAAUGCAAAACUCUCAGAUUUUGGGUUGGCAAAAAAUGGGCCAGAAGGAGAUAAGAGCCAUGUCUCUACAAGGGUAAUGGGCACCUUUGGCUACGCAGCUCCUGAGUAUGUUUCCACAGGUCACCUAACCAAAAAGAGUGACGUGUACAGUUUUGGAGUUGUUCUGCUGGAACUAAUGUCAGGAAAACGUGCACUGGACAACAACAGGCCAAACGGGGAGCAUAACUUGGUUGAAUGGGCCAAACCACUUCUCAUCAACAAAAAGAAGAUUUCACAAGUCAUGGAUUCUCGCAUAGAAGGCCAAUACUCAAAGAGAGAAGCAAAGAGAAUAGCUCACCUAGCAAUUCUAUGCUUGUCUACAGAACAAAAAGUGAGACCAAACAUAGAUGAGGUGGUGAGAUCAUUGGAACAUCUUCAGGAGUCCAAAGACACAGGUGAUGAUGCAGUUGGAAACUCUCAGUGUCAAGAUCAAACCAUUAAAAUAAAUGGUCGUAAUAGCUCAAGCAAUAGUGGCACUCCUAAUCCAAGUUUAUAUCCUUCUCCUCUUCGUACAUAGGAGAGGAAAUGGAAAUGCAUGAGACGUGUUACACGUAACUCGAUUUGCAUUGUUUUGAAGAUAUACAUAGUAUAGCAUGAGAUGAAAGCAUGUCUUUUUGUUGUUGUACAGAUUUUGGUUUCUUAAUAUUGGUAAAAGAAUUUAAAAUACAAAAAAAAAACUUUAAUUCA